GAACCUAGCAAAACCCGUCUCUUCAUAAAUCUGUGCCGUUGGAGUAGGAUCCCUGCUCCCAAGUCACCCUCGGAGCCAGUUCUGUUGAGCGCUGGCAAAAUGGAGACUCUAUCAGAUAAGUCAGAGAUCUGCAGCAUCCUUGACAUGGCAUUCAACCCAUCCGUUCUUGAGCGAGUCGAGGAUAACCCACCGGAGAAAGAGCAGUUGAUUCGCAUGUCACUCAAGUACGUCGAGGAGCAUUUCAGUGUCACUUUGUCCCAUUCCUGGAGCGUGGCCAAAUUUAAGUUGAAGGGAAGCCUUGAAAGGAUGAGAGCCAGCCUGAGAAGAGAACAGCCCCCAUUGGCUGCGCCCCAGAGGAACCCCAAUAAAGAAGUGACCCUCAGCCAGCUGAGAAGCCUCACGGCCGAAGACAGCGGUGACCUUAUUCUGCCAGCAGCAGAGAAGCCCACAGCUCCCAAAAAGCGCCUAAUCGAAGAGAUUUCCAGUACAGACAAGCCAGAGACGCCCAAACCUGCCUACAAAAUGACCACCAAGAAGGACGCAGAUGAGAAACCCCGAGAAAUCGAGCUGAAAAUCGAACUGCCGGGUGUUUGCAAUGUGUCCGAGUGUAAUUUGAGCGUCUCUAAGGAUGACGUCUUGGUCGAGUGCCUUCUAAAGUACAGACUGCGGGUGGACCUCCCGGUGCCUGUGGACGAAGAAGCAACAUCAGCAAUUUUUAAUAAGAAGGGAGGAGUCUUGAUCGUCAGAAUGCCUGUGUGCCAGGGGAAAUGACCCUAGCUGACACGGUGUGGAGAUGGUCCCACACGGUCCCCUUCUUCUCUUGAUUCUCUUCCUCUUCCAGCACUUCCCAUUCGGCCUUUUGCACAAGUUAACAUUAAGUGUAUUGGUUACAUGCCUGUUUUAUUUCUCUUGAGUUUGAAGGCUAAAAUUCUUCCUGCCUUUUGGGGAUGCAAAAACCCAGGAUAAAAUGCACCCCUAAAUACAUGCUUUUGACAUUUGAAGGUUGUUCUGAAGGCAGUUUUCUCCUGCAGUUUAACUGUACAGGAUUAACAAAUAAAUGGACUCUGUAUCUUGUUUCCCCCAUUAACCAAAACAAUAAAAGUGUGUGUGGGGGGAACCUAUUGUUUUCAAUCAUUGCUGGGUUUAAAUUAUUUUUUAACAGUUCUGAGAGCUUCCUGUAGUCUUAAAAGCUCAGCUUAUUUUCUUGGAGAGGCAGGGGAAACACUGUAGGGGGUGGAACACUUACGAACCAAAG